AUGUCUUCACCAUCCAAUUCGGUAGAGUGUUUACUCCUGGGCCUGCACGAUGACGUUGCGCUCUCGUGCCUGGCCCGUGCCAGUCGGUCGGACUACUCCUCCCUAUCCUGCCUGAACAAGAAAUUCAACUUGCUGAUGAAGAGCGAGUACCUGUAUGAGCUGCGGCGGCAAUCAGGCAUAGUGGAGCACUGGGUGUACAUGGUAUGUGACCCCCGGGGCUGGGAGGCAUUCGACCCUUCCCGGGAUAAAUGGAUGCGGCUGCCGAAAAUACCAUGUGACGAGUGCUUCAACUACGCGGACAAGGAAUCCCUUGCGGUGGGCAGCCAGCUGCUGGUGUUCGGGCGGGAGAUGUUGGAGUUUGCCAUCUGGAAGUACAGCUUGAGCCGACGUGAUUGGUCCAAGUGCAGUGGCAUGAUCCGGCCACGCUGCCUUUUUGCAUCCGGAAGUCUCGGCUCGAUUGCCAUUGUGGCCGGUGGGAGUGAUAAAAAUGGGAACGUUCUGAAAUCGGCGGAGCUUUAUGACUCAUUGAGUGGUGAGUGGGAGGAGCUGCCGAGCAUGCAGGUGGCUCGUAGGCUGUGCUCGGGUUUCUUCAUGGACGGGAAGUUUUACGUGAUCGGAGGAAUGAGUGGGCCAACGGAGUGGUUGACCUGUGGGGAGGAGUUUGAUUUGAAGACGAGAAAGUGGAGGAGAAUCGAGGGGAUGUACCCAAAUGUGAACCGGGCUGCCCAGGCGCCGCCGCUGGUGGCAGUGGUCAAUGAGCGGCUGUAUGGGGUGGAAUACUUGACGAAUAUGGUGAAAAGGUAUGAUAAGGAAAAGAAUGUUUGGGAAGAUGUUGGGAGGCUUCCGGUGAGGGCCGAUUCGUCUAAUGGGUGGGGGCUCGCAUUCAAGUCGUGUGGGGGGACCAUUCUUGUGGUUGGUGGCCAACGCGGCCCAGAAGGGGAAGCAAUUGUGUUGAGUUCUUGGAAUCCGGCCAAAUCCAAUGGGACUCUCGAUUGGGAGGUGGUUGGGGUGAAGGAGCAUGCUGGGGUGUUUGUGUACAAUUGUGCCGUCAUGGGCUGCUAG